AUGGCACCCUUUCUGGAUCUCUAUACCCAAAUUGAUCCCCUGUUGGUUCAACUCAGACGCUCUAUUGAAGAAACAAAGAAAAAAUAUCUAGGAGUUUUCAAGCCUGUUUCGGAUGACCGCAGCGGUACUAUCACUCCUACUCCAGGAGAGAUGGCAGCGCUUGUGGAGCAUAUGCACCAGGUUGGCCCGCUAGUCGAGGCCUUGGUGAUCAUCGCCACUGAGGAAUGGCAACGGGGGCUGGCUCAGCGCCACAGACAACGAUUCAUGUUGCUACAGGAGGAGGUACUCCAGAUGCUGCGGGAUCUGAAGAAGCUGAGAGUACAAACGAGAGGCGCGAUGGACCCUCAGCUGGGAUCGAUGUCUAACUGGAUAUCCUUCGCCAUUGAGGAUCAAUGA